UACACACAUACGCAUACACGCACAGAGACACACACGUACAUACAAAACGGAGCUCAACACUCUCCCCACUCAACUAGUCACUCAAUGGAGUCAUCUUCGAGAAUGACCGUGACGCAGAAAGAGCAGUUGAUGGUUAUGAACGACGUUCGAAUGAUGUACGAGACCUACGCCGGUGUUCCCCCCAAAACUCAGCGUUUAAUGAUGGAGCUUCAGCGUGAUAAUCACAUGGAGUACUUGCUGAGAGGUCUCCAACAACUUGGUCCUUCCUUUUGCGUUUUGGAUGCUAAUCGUCCUUGGUUAUGCUACUGGAUCCUGCAUUCAGUUGCUUUACUUGGAAAGUCUGCUGAUGCUGCAUUUGAAGAUAGGACCAUUGACUUUCUUAGUCGUUGUCAGGACCCGGAUGGUGGAUAUGCUGGUGGACCUGGACAGAUGCCUCAUCUUGCCACAACUUAUGCUGCGGUGAAUGCAUUAAUUACUUUGGGUAGUGAUAAAUCUUUAUUGUCGAUUGAUAGGGGUAAAAUGUACACGUUUCUGAAGCGCAUGAAAGAUCCAGGUGGGGCCUUCAGGAUGCAUGAUGAGGGAGAAAUUGACGUUCGAGCAUGCUACACUGCCAUUUCUGUUGCGAGUUUACUGAAUAUUUUGGAUGAUGACCUUGUUCGCAAUGUUGGAAAUUACAUCUUAAGAUGUCAGACCUAUGAAGGAGGUAUUGCUGGGGAACCUGGUUCUGAAGCUCAUGGUGGUUAUACAUUUUGUGGAUUGGCUACAAUGAUUCUGAUCAAUGAGGUCAAUUGUUUGGAUUUGGCUGCCUUAAUUGAUUGGGUGGCAUUUAGACAAGGGGUAGAAGGUGGAUUUCAAGGGAGAACCAAUAAACUUGUUGAUGGUUGCUACUCAUUCUGGCAGGGAGGUGUAUUUGCAUUAUUACAAAGGUUUCAUUCAACUAUUGGAGAAAGACUGACACAGUCAGGUCCUGGAGAAGCAGAGUACCAUAUUGAUAGUCCAAAAGCUACUCCAGAAUCAGAUAUAUCAGAAGGGGAAGAGAUUUCAGAUGGUACGUCAUCAGAAAGUGAUGAUGCUUGCAAUUUUCCACGGGAAGGUUCACAGAAUGAUUUCUAUCCACUUUACUUUGACAAUGUAGGCUUUGUCUCGUCUGAGGGGCAUGCAGAAAGGGCCCCUCUUUUUAACAGCAUUGCCUUGCAGAGAUAUGUACUUUUAUGCUCACAGGACCCUGAAGGCGGACUCAAGGACAAACCUCGAAAAUCUAAAGACUAUUAUCACACCUGUUAUUGUUUAAGUGGUCUAUCAGUCUGUCAGCAUAGCUGGUUGAAAGACGAAGAUGCUUCACCUUUGCCCAGAGCUGUCUUAGGUCCGUAUUCUAAUCUUUUGGAGCCGACUCAUUCCAUCUUCAAUGUUGUCUUGGAUCGUUAUCGUCAAGCUCAUGAAUUUUUCUCAAGGGCCUAAUGAAAAUUAAUCUUAGCAAAAAUUUGUGGGCUGCCGGAUAUGUCGUUUAAAUUCACAAUAUCCAACCAACUGUAGUUGAGAAUCUCGUGAAUUGAAACUGGUAUUUAAUUAAAAAAUAAUUUUACUUUGAAUCUAAAA